AUAAAUUUAGUUGGCAACACUUGCUAAUAAGUGUCAAAAAGCUUCAGUGCUUCACUAUUAAAAUUAUUUGUGAAUUUAUAUAAAAACCUAGCGUACAUAGUGAAUAUUUACGUAAUUACCUCGAAAAUAAUACUUGGGGCUUCCAACUAACAUGAUAUUUUUGAAAUAAAUGGAUUAGUAGCCGUGAGUGGAAAGGUUACGGAAAAGGGGUUUCAUCCCGAGAUUUUGAGGAAUUUCGUUUCGGGAUACUAUAGUUUCGUUUUGUUGUACGCUGCGAUCGAGUAUUGCUGUCGUGAUGUCUGGACGGAAGAAACUCAACUUGAAGUUGAUUAAGCCGCCAGAAGAAGAAGUGGCGGUGACACCUCCAAGAAACUUAGAUAAGCAGACCACUAUAACAGUUGAUGACAAAACAUUCACAGUACAUGCUGAUGAUUUGGUGAAGAUAUGUGACCUUGGCAGAGGAGCUUAUGGCAUUGUUGAGAAAAUGCACCAUAAGCCUAGCAACACCACUAUGGCGGUGAAGAGAAUCACUGCAUCAUUCAACACCCAAUCUUUGGAAUUGAAACGUCUACUCAUGGAUUUGGAUGUAUCUAUGAGAGCCAGUGCCUGUCCAUACACAGUCCACUUCUAUGGUGCCAUGUUCAGAGAGGGAGAUGUGUGGAUUUGCAUGGAAGUUAUGGACAUGAGCCUUGACAAAUUCUAUACUAAGAUUUACAAGAACAACAGGACAAUUCCCGAGAACAUUCUUGGCAAGAUUGCAUUUUCUGUAGUUAGUGCUCUCCACUACCUUUACUCUCAGCUCAGAGUAAUACAUAGAGAUGUGAAACCUUCAAACAUUUUGAUCAACAGAAAAGGUGAAGUAAAAAUGUGUGACUUUGGCAUUUCUGGCUACCUAGUUGACUCAGUAGCAAAGACAAUAGAUGCAGGCUGUAAACCCUACAUGGCACCAGAGAGGAUUGAUCCUAGUGGUAAUCCAGGACAGUAUGACAUCCGUAGUGAUGUAUGGUCACUUGGUAUCUCCAUGAUUGAGCUUGCUACUGGAAAGUUCCCCUACAACACCUGGGGUACACCUUUUGAACAGUUAAAACAAGUGGUCAAAGAUGACCCGCCUAGACUUCCAAGUGGACAGUUCUCACCAGAAUUUGAAGACUUGAUAACAAAAUGUCUACUGAAAGACUACAAGCAGAGGCCGAACUAUGAUGUGCUUCUAGCUCACCCAUUCUGUCAAGAGCAUAGUCAAAAGGACACUGAUGUGGCUUCCUUCGUACAAGAAAUCUUAGACUUACCUGAUGACUCCUAGUGAUGGGAUGAUUAUAUACGUACCUCUAAGUACAAGUGUCUAGUAACUAACAAUAAUGUAGAUUGUUAAGGAGAGAACACAGUUAAAAAUGUUGUUAUUAACAAAUUAAUUUACAUAAUGUAUCUUAGUUUUGAGGGUUAGCUGUCUAUGUAAAUAGAGGAGUUAUCUGGAUUGUUCCACACCACUGGAUAAAGUUCGGAAUCUUCCUUAACAGAUAAGAAAACUAUUGAGUUGUUUUAACCAUAUAAUUAUGUAAUCAAAGUUAAUGUAGUUAGUAAUGGCUGACCUCAGAGAGCUGCCUUGGACUAAGGAAUUGGCAAUAUUGGUGUAAAUCAUUUCUACAAUGAUGGCUGUCGAAAAUGUACAUCACAAAAUAAUUAGUCUAAUAAAAAUAUUGUUUCUAUUUU